AUGGGCCGAUACUCGACAGACCCGGACAACCCCACGAAGUCGUGCAAAGCCCGGGGCUCUAACCUAAGGGUGCACUUCAAGAACACCCGGGAGACGGCUCAGGCGAUCAAGAAGAUGGCCCUCCGGAGGGCCCAGCGAUACCUUAAGAACGUGAUCGGCAAGAAAGAGGUGGUGCCCUUCCGGCGCUUCAACGGCGGUGUGGGCCGUAAGGCGCAGGUGAAGGCCUUCUCGGGCACCACUCAGGGCCGGUGGCCCGAGAAGUCCGCGGAGUUUCUGCUGCAACUGCUGAGGAAUGCCGAGUCCAACGCCGACUACAAGGGUCUGGACGUCGAUCGGCUGGUCAUUGAGCACAUCCAAGUGAAUCGGGCGCCGAAGAUGAGGCGCCGCACGUACAGAGCGCACGGCCGCAUCAACCCAUACAUGUCCAGCCCGUGCCAUAUAGAGGUGAUACUGUCCGAGAAGGAGCAGGUGGUGGCCAAGGCUGGCGUUGCGGGCGCUGCUGAUGACGAGUCGCCGAAGAAGAAGCUCUCGAAGAAGAAGAUGGCGCGACAGAAGCUGAUGCAGAGGGAGUAG